AAUGACAUAACUGACAUGUGUUUGUUUUGAAGCAUUUACGCUCCCGUAACAUUUAAAACAAGCAGAUUUUAGUUCUAAAAUUCAGUGUUAAAAUGUCCAAUUCGCAUCUUUUUCUAAAGUCCGGAUUUCCGCGGGCUCCUCUUGCCAAUGGUGUGGGUCGAUAUGUUUGUCAGCUGCAAAGGAUCACUCUGAAAUACUGCAAAAAUAAUGGUUCCAGUAAAGGGAUGCGUGAGUUUCUGGAGCAGGAUUUGCUCGAUUUUACCCGUGCCAAUCCGGGUGUCGUGGUGUACGUUAAGCCCCGGCGGCAUCGGACAGCAGUUAUGUCCGCAGAAUACCUGAACGGCGACAAGCAGUGGAUAAAUUGCCGGAACAAUACACGAGACGAAAUUCGCAAGUGGAUCGAAGUGCUCAAGACGCAGGCUAGUGGAUCUAGCGACGUUCGAUUACGUAAACUUUGGCACACGGAGAUACCAUCGAUUCAGGGACCGUGGACACCGUUUUCUCAUCAACACCCGUCGGCGAACGUUGCUGAAUAUCCGUGCCAGCAAUUGUCACGGCUCCAGACGACAGAACCGACGGCCUCGGAGAAACUGGUCGAACUUUACCAGAAACAGUUAGCAAACCGGGAGACGAAAACAACGUAGGAAAACGUGUAUAAAUAUAGAAUUUAAUAGAAAGUUGUUUUUAUUCAACGGCAAGAAGACAAUCCCGAUGCGAGAAAUCUCCUUUAGAAUAGAUUAGAGUAGAGUACUACUAGUGGCCUUAACAAUGAUUUUACCCUACUCCAACAAAUCAUAAAUAGAACCGUUAGUUAUCU